UGCGGUGCAAGACCGGGAACAGGCGCUGCACAUUCACUUCUGGCCAAACUACAAACUUCUGUAUAUCACAGUGCUGCCGUCAUGCCUGCUAAAAAGACCGCCACCAAGAGGAAAUCGGAGACGAUUGUGGAGGACAAUAAAGACGCCAAGAAAAUAAAAGUUUCCCACAGGAGUCAUCUGAAAGAGGCGGGCCAGGUUCUUGUUUUGGGUCAAGGUGAUGUUGGACAGUUGGGUUUAGGAGGGGAUGUCAUUGAGAGGAAGAAGCCAGCCCUGCUGUCACUGCCAGAGAAAGCUGUGCAAGUGACAGCUGGAGGAAUGCACACUGUUUGCCUCAGCGACACUGGCCAUGUCUACACUUUUGGCUGUAAUGACGAAGGGGCUCUUGGCCGGGACACGUCAGCGGAGGGGUCUGAGAUGGUUCCAGGAAAGGUGGCGCUGGAUGAGAAAGUGAUCCAGGUUUCUGCAGGAGACAGCCACACAGCUGCACUCACAGAGGAUGGAGCUGUGUACAUCUGGGGCUCCUUCAGGGACAACAAUGGUGUUAUUGGCCUUCUGGAGCCCAUGAAAUCAUCUACUGUUCCAGUUAAAGUUCCCAUGACAGAACCUGUUGUGAAAAUUGCUUCUGGCAACGAUCACCUGGUGCUGGUGACAGUGGAGGGAAAUCUCUACACAUCAGGCACAGCAGAGCAGGGGCAGCUGGGAAGAGUGCCGGAGCAUUUUUCAGACAGAGGAGGCAGGAAAGGCCUUGAGCGGCUGCUGGUGCCACAGAUUGUCAAAGUCAAAGGGAAAGUUCACUUCAUUGAUGCCUUCUGUGGAUCGUACUGUACCUUUGCUGUAUCGAAAGAUGGACACGUUUAUGGAUUUGGCCUCUCGAACUAUCACCAGCUGGGCACUAAAAGCAUCAAGAUGUGUUUUGUCCCAGUAAAACUGACAUGCUUCAAGAACUCUACCACCUCCUGGGUGGAUUUCUCUGGAGGACAACAUCACACACUCUGUCUUGACGCUGAAGGGCAGGUAUACAGCCUGGGCAGAGCAGAGUAUGGCCGUCUUGGUCUGGGUCAAGGGGCCGAAGAGAAGAGUGAGCCUACACCUGUGAUGGGGAUGGAGCUGGCGAGAGGAGUGUCAUGUGGAGCGUCUGUCAGCUACGCAGUCACUAGAGAAGGAUCGGUGUACGCCUGGGGAAUGGGCACCAACAUGCAGCUUGGCACAGGAGAGGAGGACGACGAGUGGAGCCCCGUGAAGAUGACGGGAAAACAGCUGGAGAACCGUGCAGUGCUGAUGGCAUCCAGUGGAGGGCAGCACACAGCCCUUUUAGUCAAAGACAAGCAGGAGAGCUGAUGUCCUUUACUGACGGAGAGCGAUGAGGAGUAUUUGAAUCUGUUUCAAGGUGGGGCCUUGUUCAGGGUGCUUGCUUUUGGGGAUGGGGGAUAAUCUAUAUAUGGCUUCCUGUGCUGGGGGCGAGGGAGCGCGAGAGCUUCAGGGUGGAGGGGAGAUUUAAGGUUCAGCCUCUUUUAUGGGAACUCUUAGCAUGAUGGAAUUGUUCAUGGAAGUUUUUGGUAGAUCAUGACAAAUGAGAGACUAUUUUUUUAAAUCUAGUUUUUGAUGUUCCUUUGAAUUGUUGUCAUUAAAAGUCAUUUGUGUGACUGUAAGAUGGUAUACGUGAUGUCCGUGAAUGUUGACUGUGCAUGUACAUAAAGGAAGUGAGUGUGCGAGCUGUUUAAUAACUUUCCCAAACAAUAGUGUUUUUAAUGUUUUCUUUAAAGCAAUAAUUAGAUUGACUUUGUUCAGACAGUAAGUGUAACAUGUGCCACCGCUGUUCAUUUUACCCACAGACUUGUGACUAUUUGGACAUUUACACAUCAUACUGUACCCUGCAUUUUGUCUGUCUGAAAUAAACUUUUUUUUUUUUUUUUUAAGUUCA